GGGUCACUGUACGUCCACGUGUCUUGUCCUAUUCAGCAAGUAGAUGGCGUCUUCCCGUAACACUCACACACACCCGCUCAUCCCUACCGAAAAGAUAGCUGAGUCACAUCUCCACACGCGCUCAUUCAGGACACUUCCGAGGCUGUUUUUCGCGGGGUCUCGCGCUCGAACACAAUGCUGACGAUCACUCUGAAGACGCUCCAGCAGCAGACAUUUAAAGUGGAGAUAGACGAGGAGCUGACGGUAAAGGCUCUUAAAGAAAAGAUACAGGAAGAAAAGGGGCAAGAUGCUUUUCCAGCUGUCGGUCAAAAACUAAUCUAUGCAGGCAAAAUUUUGAAUGAUGAUAUACCUCUAAAAGAAUACAAAAUAGACGAGAAGAACUUUGUCGUGGUGAUGGUUACAAAGCCUAAAUCUGCCACACCUCCACAAGCUCCUGCUCCAGUUAGCACAUCUCUCGCCGAAACCCCCGUCCAUCUACCCACGACUCCUGCCGCCUCCACAGUGCCUGAAUCAACCCCUGCUCCCGCUCCUGUAGAGCCAGCGCCCAUCACAGCGCCCCCUGCUGCAUCGGAGGCUGCUGCCGAAACGCCCGAGACUCCUGAGACUCCUGUUAGCGAGACUCCUGCUCCGAUCUCAGAAGAGGAGAACCAGGCCGCCCAAGAAGAGCAGGCCAUCGCCCAAUCAGAAGCCAGCAUUAUAGAUGAGUUGGGUCUUUUAGAAGCAGCUGCAUCCAUACUAGUUACGGGUCAAGCGUAUGAGAAUUUGGUGACGGAAAUCAUGUCAAUGGGUUAUGAGAGGGAACAGGUUAUAGCCGCCUUACGAGCAAGUUUCAACAAUCCGGACAGAGCCGUGGAGUACCUGCUUAUGGGUAUUCCCACAGAAUCCGAGCAGCCGCCACAAGAAGUGGUUCAGCCCAGUGCCGUGUCCAACCCCACCCCCCCUGCCCCACAGCGACCUCAGCCUCCACCCGCCGCCACACCCGCCGCAGCCGCCGGUGAGGAGUCCGGAUCGGCGCCGGUGACGGCGAACCCGCUAGAGUUCCUGAGGAACCAGCCGCAGUUCCAGCAGAUGCGGCAGAUCAUCCAGCAGAACCCGACGCUCCUGCCGGCGCUGCUGCAGCAACUGGGCCGAGACAACCCGCAACUCCUGCAGCAAAUCACGCAGCAUCAGGAGCGGUUCGUGCAGAUGUUGAACGAGCCACACGCUGUCGAGGCCGGAGCCGCCGGAGCCGCCGAAGCGCCCAGCGAACCACAGAGGAACUACAUCCAGGUCACGCCGCAGGAGAAGGAAGCCAUCGAGAGGUUAAAAGCUCUGGGUUUUCCCGAGGGACUCGUCAUCCAAGCCUACUUCGCCUGCGAGAAGAACGAGAACCUGGCCGCGAACUUCCUGCUCCAGCAGAACUUUGACGACGAGUGAACGCGGAGGACACCCGGCGGAGAGGAUGCGAGCGUGCGCAUGUUGUGGUGCGUUGUGUGUGAAUGUGUGCGCUGACGCGAAGAGGAAGUCGACUGAUCUUCCAUGAUGGUUGUCGUGGAGUUUAAACUGAAGCCAUGAUGUGAGGUUAUAGCCAAUAUCAGCACAGCGUUUUUAUUUUGAUAGAUAUAGCCGAUCCUCCACGAUGGGGUGUCUGUUGUCUGUCUGGUUUCUGCUGCUAUCACUGCUGUGUGCGUCGAGCGAGUUAAACCCCGGCCAAGCUUCAUUUUUCGCCAUCAGAAUUAAUGUUUUUAAACUGUAGUAUUAAUAAAUAGGCGAUUUAGUCAAGCUAGAUGCCAAAUUUAGUUUGUCGCCAAUGGCGUUGAAUAAAUAUGGCGUGUGCUCUAACUUCUCUAACUGCCAUUUUAUGUCAUUUUUAACGUUUCAUCAUUUCCUUUCCAGCUUUCAUUCAGUGGAUGCCACACAGUAUUUUGAGCCCACAGUAUCGAUGGUUGAGAAUGCAGUCGGCUACUUACAGUAACUCGAUUUUAUUUCUGUUAUGUUUACAGUCUAACCAACAUAAAACCAGUUUGGUAUGCAGUAGAAACUCAUGCAGUGGUUUUGAACGGAGCCCGAAAUGCUGCAACAAUCGUAGGUAAUGUAUGUAGUGAAGCAACUGAAUGUGAUCGAGUGUCUCAGCGCGUCUCUAAAACCUCAUGAAAAUAUGCAUACAUGUAAUUUAAAUAUUUGUACAUAUUUGAGUGGAGGAGAAAAAAGAGUGUUGUCUUGGUCUCUGUUGUACACGUGAGACAGUGCCAAACGAAAUUAGAAACUGAAAAUGGGAGAAAUUGCUGUGCAGUGUUUAAAGUGGAUGCAGAAUGCAUAUAUUUUUAUAUAAAUGAUGUGUCCUGCUCCUAUGGGUUUGAUUUGUAUAGAGUUAAAAGUGCUGGAAGGGUGUUAUUUUUAACAGGUAUAGGCAAGAGUCCUGUUUACACUAUGUGAUGUAGUUUUGAGUUUUUAUCUCAGCGUUUUGUAUACUUUCUUUUUUUUUUUGUCUGAUGUGUAGAAAGUAAACAUGACAGAGUUUGGUCUUAAGCACAAAAUGGUUUGCUGAGUGGUUUAUGAAUGUAUUGUUUUAGUGGUGUGUGAAAUAAAUUGCUUUUAAAAAGCUUAA